AACGCUUUGGAAACAGAAUGCAUUGAUUAUAGUCGAGUCUAAAACUUAAAAUGACAAAACAUAUAGCGCAGACUGGGCAUGGCUUGAAGUAUUGGAAAACAGAGCCGAUCUUCAAUCGGCAAAACUAAAGCCGAACCGAAACCGAUUGGUUUUCUAACCACCUCACAACGAAUCCAACUGAAGCUGAUGACGCUGAAACGAGUUGAAACCAACGAAAUUCAUGAAAUUCUGAAACUAACCUGUGCUUUUCGCUUCGUCCGCUUCUGUGGCGGAUCUAGAUGGAUAGAAAGCGAUUGUUGGAUCUAGUAAAAAUUUUCUCGAUUUCAUCGAAGAGAGCGGUGAAAAAAGUUGCCUAACUCUCGAAAAAAGAUGGUCGUCCAUAACUGAAGAAGUGUCACUGGAAAUUUGAUUUUCAAAGCAGAGUGUGCCUAGCUCAUAUACGUAGGUCAAGAUGUAAUACGAAAUCCUGGUGAUGUAUUUUAAAGCCAAACCAUCUGUAUUAGUCAAAAUAUAAACCUAGGUUCUUAAGCUAUUUAGAAGCCACAUUCAGAGUCGUGCUCCUGUCCUUAAUCUCGUUAAAUCAAUUUUUUUUUCAAUAGACAAACCAACCUUGUUAAUCCUUCCCAAUGACUUAAUCAUCACAGUGUUUGAUUAUCUUGAUCCAAUUGAUAUUCUCUACUCAUUCCAUUCUCUUAACAGCCGUUCUGACUCACUCAUUAACGUUUAUAAAGUCAAUGUUGAUCUAUGUGAUAGAUCAUUGACAGUCAUUGAUACCAUUCUACCACUCAUUCAUCCAGCUGUUGUUGAUCUGAAAAUCGAUCGUUUUCUAUUUGUUGGCAAGAGUUUUUUUCAACAAUUUCCAUCAUUGAAAUAUCUCACACUCCAAAAUAUGACCGAAGAAAUUAUUAAACAACUAAGACCAUAUUUCAGUUCCUUUAAGCGUUUACUAAAAGUUCAGUUCGUUCAUGGCGACCAUAGAAACUAUUGGCUUCCAAAUGAUUUUAUCAAAGAAAUAAUUCAACAAAAUUGUUCAUUGAAAGAAGCAUUUUUAGCUGAAAUCGAACCACUAACUAGAGACACAGUAGCAAAACUAACGCUUUGUAGCAACUUAACAGUAUUACAAGUUAAUCUAGAGGCUGGACGUGAUUUAUUAACUCUAUUGCACUAUCUUCCACAGAUUCAAAGUGUGACAUGUAUUAGUGACAGUGAAAUUAAAAUGCAAGAUUUUCACACAGCAAUUGCACCAACAUCGUCUCUUCAAAAAUUAGAUUUAGAAUUUCUUCAAAAAUGUAAUUUAAAUGCAAUUUUCUACUUGCUGAAAUCUCGUCUGUCAUUAAUUGAUUUAUCAUUAAAGUCGCAGAUAAAUAUGAAGUACAAUGAGAGAGCAAUUGACGGCAAUCGAUUGAAAAACGAAUUACUUCAACAUCUUAUCGCAUUGAAAACGUUUAAAUUUAGUUUUAUCGUAUCGAUGGAAUGGGAAACAGCAAUUGUGCCAGACACGAGUGCAAUUAUCAAAACAUUCAAUAAUGAUUUUUAUCUGAAAGAACAUGACUGGAAGGUUGGUGCCUUUCAAGAACAUGAAUUUGACUCCUAUCAUCUAUUUUCUUUGCCGUAUGCUUAUUCUGAUUUCGAUCCGUGUCUGACAAACAAAUUUGUUGAUUUUGAUACAAUCAACUGUUCCUUGCCACUUCCAUCAGGUUCGUUUAAUGAAGUCACCUCAGCUACAGUCAAUAAUUAUAUCUGGAGAAAUUCAUUACCAUUACUACAGUAUAUUAAAAGAAAUUUUAUUAAUUUAAAAGAAUUAGAAAUUACUCUGAAGGUUGACGAUUUAGAUGAGCUGAAAGUUGGGGUUGGAGAUUACGUGAACAGAUUGAAAGAAAUUGUCGGGCAACAGUUACAAUUUCCAAAAAUUAAACAAUUAGAUUAUAAUGCUCGAUAUUUUGACUUUCAACACAUCUACAUUUUGUUUCCAAAUCUUAUCGAAUUGAAAACAACCAUGAAACAUGUGUUAAUAUGUACUAAUGAACUCAAAGAUCAAGGACAAUUCUUCUUGAAAUUUAAGCAUUUAAAAAGAGUUGAAAUAUAUGAAGCAGAGCAUACUGGUGAAAUAUCUGGAGAAGAAGAGAAAAACUCUAUAAAGUAUUUCGGUCAUGAAAUUCCGAUUUACCUUGCAGAAACACAUAAAUAG